AAUGUUCGCUUUUUUGAGAGGUCCAGUUUGACCUUAUUGAGUUUCCGUAGACCGCGCUAAACUCAAGCGGGCGGGUGGCCGGCGACCAUAAUAGCCUGCGGUACUUCUACAAAUGUAUUUAAAAUGUCUAAAUGUUAAGAGUAUCUAACUCUUGAUAGUAAAAGUUUGUUUUCAGUAACACUGCCCAGCACUAUUACCGUGCCUGCUUUCAUUAAAGAAUGGAAGACGAGUUCUCGAAGACCCAGAGGCUGAAAGCCGCGGUUCAUUUCACAGUCGGCCGUCUCUGUCAGGAGGUCGGGCAGGACUGCGACAAGGAGUUCAGCAAACAGGUUACCGCCGCCAUCGCCGAAACCACCUUCAGACAGUGCGAUAACUUUGCCAAGGAUCUGGAAGCUUUUGCAAGACACGGAAAAAGGACCACUAUCAACUCGGAUGACGUCAAACUUAUAGCCCGAAGGAGCCCAGCACUGUCCAAGUACAUCACAAAGAAGUGUGAGGAUCUUGUAUCUGCUAACCAGGAGCAGAAGGAAAGGAAGAAACAGAAAUCAGACAAGAAGAGGAGCAGCGAAGGGGAGCAGGCAGAGGCCAGGCCAGGAGAUGAGGAUGAUGGUGAGGAAGAAUAAAGUGGACUGUCUGAGAAGGACCCCCCCCCCCCACCACCACAAAAAGGAUGUACGUGAAUCAGAAACGGCUACAAUGCUAGUUUGAGAUGUACACCAAUUCUCCUUAGGAAAAAGUAACCCAGUCUGGAAGAGGGAAAGGAAAAUAUGACGGGAAGGAAGUUCAUUAAAAAGGGCACAGGGAAGCCGUGUAGUUUGUGUUGGCUUAUGACAUAGCUUUAGAUCAGCAGGUGUUUUUACUUUUUUUCCAUAAUAAAUGUAUAAAAGGCA